AACAAAGAGCGAAAGUCGACCUGACUUCUCCCGCCGUCCAAUCGAGAAAGAAACGGCCAGAAUUAAAAAGAAAAGAAAGUGAACGCCGGCGAGAAGAAACGCCGCCGGGUAUAGAGGGAGAGACAAAACACCGCCGUCCUCCGCCGUCCCACAAAAUCUCCCAAAACAUCUGGAAGAAGAAUCUCUCUCUGUGUCAUCCCAUUUCCUCACCAACAAACCCUAGAAACUCCAAAAACAAACAAAAUUCCCAAUUCCUUGCUCCCCUUCCCUCCCCUCUCUCUCUCUCUCUUAUGUAAUCGCACUCUCGAACGCCCGCCAGCCCACACUAACCCCACUCACUCUCUCUCUACAGUUCAACCUGUCGCCUUCACUCGCGACUUUCGCCUCCCCGCUGUGCCUUUAGUCUACUUUUCCCGGCUUUCUUUUUCUCCCUUUGUCUCAUAUAUAUAAAGUUCCAGGGUUCGGUCAAUUGUCGAAAUGAGCAAUCAAUCACAGCCACAGCAUCAGGUGGAGGUGGAAGUGGAGCAGGAAAAGGAGGAGGAGGAGGAGGAAGCUGGUAUUAGCAAGGAACCGGACGAGGAAGGAGUCGCUCAGGCUUUGGAAGUAGCGGCUAAGACGGCGGCUGCUGCGGUGGCGGCGGUGUCGGAGAAGGGUGAGGCGGAGGCGGAGGCGGGAAGUAGCGAGGAAGAGAGCAUGGAGAAGCCCGACGAUCCGAUGGAGGAGGAUUCGGUUGGUCCGGCUACUGUGUUCUGCAUCAGGCUUAAACAGCCGCGGUCCAAUUUGAUGCAUAAGAUGAGCGUGCCUGAGCUUUGCCGCAAUUUUAGUGCUGUGGCUUGGUGUGGGAAGUUGAAUGCUAUAGCAUGUGCGUCAGAAACUUGUGCAAGAAUUCCAAGUUCCACUGCAAAUCCUCCAUUUUGGAUCCCCAUACACAUUGUCAUCCCGGAGCGACCAACCGAGUGUGCCGUUUUUAACGUAAUAGCAGAUUCACCUCGUGAUUCUGUUCAGUUUAUUGAAUGGUCUCCUGCUUCCUGCCCUCGUGCCUUACUAAUAGCUAAUUUCCAUGGGAGAAUAACAAUAUGGACUCAACCAUCUCAAGGCCCAGCUAACUUAGUACGUGAUGCCAGUUGCUGGCAGCGCGAGCAUGAAUGGAGGCAAGAUAUUGCAGUUGUUACAAAGUGGUUAUCCGGCGCUUCUCCGUAUAGGUGGCUUUCUUCGAAAUCCAGUGCUACCCAUCCGAAGUCAACUUUUGAGGAAAAAUUCCUAUCCCAGCAGUCUCAGACUUCAGCUCGAUGGCCCAAUUUCCCUUGUGUCUGUUCUGUUUUCUCAUCUGGUUCAGUACAACUUCAUUGGUCCCAGUGGCCUCCUAGUCAAAGUAAUGCAUCACCAAAGUGGUUUUGCACUAGCAAAGGACUCUUAGGGGCUGGACCGAGUGGGAUCAUGGCUGCUGAUGCCAUCAUAACGGAUAGUGGUGCAAUGCACGUUGCUGGGGUUCCAAUUGUCAACCCUUCUACCGUUGUAGUGUGGGAGGUUACUCUUGGCCUUGGAACUGGACUUCAAGCAACUCCAAAGAUGAGCGCUAAUUGUGGAGUCCCUCCUUCAUUGAAUCCUCCUAAUUGGGCUGGUUUUGCUCCUUUGGCUGCAUACUUGUUUAGUUGGCAAGAAUAUCUAAUAUCGGAAGCAAAGCAGGGGAAGAAACAUACAGAUAAAGAUUUAUGUGAAGCUGUAGCACUUCACUGUUCUCCUGUCUCAAACUUUUCUGCAUAUGUAAGUCCUGAUGCUGCAGCUCAAUCUGCAACAACUACCACCUGGGGAUCGGGAGUCACUGCUGUUGCUUUUGAUCCAACUCGCGGCGGCUCUGUGAUUGCGGUCGUGAUUGUUGAAGGCCAGUACAUGUCCCCGUAUGAUCCAGAUGAGGGCCCUUCUAUAACAGGAUGGAGGGUGCAGCGGUGGGAAUCAUCUCUUCAGCCUGUUGUUCUUCAUCAAAUAUUUGGAAAUCCUACGUCCAGUUUUAGUGGGCAGGCACCAAUGCAAACUGUAUGGGUGUCCAAAGUGGACACCAGCAUACCUCCGACUAAUGAUUUUCGAAAUCACCAAGAAGCCGUGGCAGUACCAAAUUUUGAUGCCAAGAAAACAUCUGAUAUAUGUGUUGAGAAUUCUAAAAGAGUGAUCUUUGAUCCGUUUGAUCUGCCAAGUGAUGUUAGAACUCUUGGUAGAAUUGUAUAUUCUGCUCAUGGGGGUGAAAUAGCUGUGGCCUUCUUGCGUGGUGGAGUGCACAUAUUUUCUGGUCCGAACUUUGCUCCUGUAGAUAACUACCAGAUCAAUGUUGGAUCAGCAGUCGCCGCACCUGCGUUUUCUUCUACCAGUUGCUGCUCAGCUUCAGUUUGGCAUGACACUAGUAAGGAUUGCACAAUACUAAAGAUCAUUCGGGUUCUACCUCCUGCUGUCCCAAGUAGUCAAAUAAAGGUUAACUCGGCAACUUGGGAACGUGCAAUUGCAGAAAGGUUUUGGUGGAGCCUUUUGGUUGGAGUUGAUUGGUGGGAUGCUGUUGGAUGUACACAGAGUGCUGCCGAGGAUGGUAUAGUAUCGCUCAACAGUGUCAUUGCUGUUUUGGAUGGGGAUUUUCACUCUCUUCCCUCUGUUCAGCACAGGCAACAGUAUGGGCCGAGCCUUGACAGGAUAAAAUGUAGGCUAUUAGAAGGUACAAAUGCUCAGGAAGUUAGGGCCAUGGUUCUUGAUAUGCAAGCUAGAUUGCUGCUUGAUAUGCUCGGCAAAGGCAUUGAAUCAGCCUUGAUAAAUCCUUCUGCGCUAGUAUCUGAACCAUGGCAGGCAUCUGGUGAGACAUUAUCUGGUAUUGAUCCCGAAGCCAUGGCUGUUGAUCCAAACCUUGUUCCAAGCAUACAGGCAUAUGUGGACGCAAUUCUUGAUUUAGCAUCGCAUUUCAUCACUCGUUUGCGGCGUUAUGCAAGUUUCUGUCGCACAUUAGCUACCCAUGCUGUUACUGCAGGCACAGGCAGCAAUCGCAAUAUGGUAACUAGUCCUACUCCAAGUUCUGCAUCCCAGGGAACAACUCAGGGUUGCUGUGUACAGUGCUUAUAUUCUAAUAGUUCAAAAUAUUUUCCAGGUGGUCAAACUGGCACAACAAAUUCAAAUGGAAGCACUCAGGUGCAGGCCUGGGUGCAAGGUGCUAUUGCUAAGAUUAGUAGCACAACAGAUGGUGUGCCUGCUUCGACUCCAAACCCUAUCAGUGGUCCAGCUCCUUUUAUGCCCAUAAGCAUUAACACUGGGACAUUCCCUGGAACACCAGCUGUUCGGCUAAUUGGAGACUGUCAUUUUGUUCAUAGAUUAUGCCAGCUUCUGCUCUUCUGUUUCUUCUUUCGCCGAACACAGCUUCCUCGCUUUAUUGGGGUAUCACAGAGAAGUAAUGAUUCCACUGGCAAGGUUGAGGACACCAAUUCUGCUUCCUCAAAACCAGUAGCGACUGCUAUGGUUAGAUCAGACGAAGGUCCAGCAGCAGCUCGAAGUGGUCAGCUCAUGCCUGGAGCCAAAGGAGUUGAAGAUGGACCUGCUGGUCGCUCAAGACUAGGCUGUGGCAAUGCUGGUCAGGGGUACACCUUUGAAGAGGUUAAGGUUCUAUUUCUCAUUCUCAUGGAUCUUUGUAGACGAACAGCAGCUCUAGCACAUCCUUUGCCGGUCUCACAGGUGGGAAGUAACAACAUCCAGGUGCGACUCCAUUAUAUCGAUGGCAAUUAUACUGUCUUGCCGGAAGUUGUGGAAGCAUCUCUUGGCCCACACAUGCAGAAUAUGCCCAGGCCUAGAGGUGCUGAUGCCGCUGGCCUCUUAUUACGUGAGUUGGAACUUCACCCACCUUCCGAAGAGUGGCACAGGCGUAAUAUGUUUGGUGGUCCAUGGUCCGAUCCAGAGGACUUGAAUUCACCAGAGGAAACUCCCAAACUCGGCAGCUCUCCGGAUUCAUUAUUAGAUUGCAGCUCAUUAGAGAAUUGUGAUGUGCACUACGGGGCUCACGGCCUGUGGCCUAAGAGGCGUAGAUUGUCUGAGAGAGAUGCUGCCUUUGGCUUGAACACAUCAGUCGGCUUAGGAGCUUAUCUUGGGAUAAUGGGAUCACGAAGGGACGUGGUUACCGCUCUUUGGAAGACUGGUCUUGAAGGCGUUUGGUAUAAGUGCAUACGAUGUUUGAGACAGACUUCGGCCUUCACUUCACCGAGUGCCAUGCACCCAGGUAAUCCAAGUGAUCGUGAGACGUGGUGGAUCAGUCGUUGGGCGUAUGGCUGUCCUAUGUGCGGGGGUACAUGGGUCCGAGUCGUGUAGUUUGAGAUUAUCUUUUGACCCGCAUCCAUUUACCGACGUUCUGGCUGUCUGUUCCAUCAGAGGUACAUGGGUAGUUUACAUAUAGUCAGCUUCUCUGAAUGCAGCUGUGGAAUCUAACCUAUACUCUCCGGUCUUUGGAUCUGUAUAUAUGUUUAAGGCUUGUUUCAUAUACCUGUACUGGAAGAAGCCUGUAAUAAAUGCUCGCAGUCUUAAACGUCGGUCGAUUUUCCAGUAGACUAGGGCCAUACUUGAGCUGUAUGAUUUGUGAUGUAACAACAUAGAUAGAUCUUGUAGAAACAGACUCCAUUAAGAGGUCGUAUGGGCUUAUCAGCUACACUGUCCCUGUUCCCUGAAAAUGCAUGAUUUCUCCUGUAAAACUUGUUUCUCUUCUCAUUUUUCGAAGAAAGGUACGUACUUGGACUAUAAUUGCAGAGUACUUUGUAUUCUGGAAACUGUUGAAGUUGAUGCUGUAUGUGACCAGCCCUUUACGCAAAAACACUUUCGUGGACGAAUAUGUUACAGUUGCUACUGCAGAUCCCAUAUCUAGAGUUGCAAAACGCGCAGGAACAGCUCAACACAAAUAAUGAAAGCCAGGAUCAUCUUUCCCAAGUGAAAAAUCAUUCAAUGGAACCAUAGAACAUAUUUACAUUGUACAGGGACGAAGCCCCUUUUCUCUAUUCACCAUGAAAGCAUCACAAACCCAAGACUCGUUAACUAAAACAGCACAUCAUCAACAACAGACAAAAAGAACAUAUCAAAGAAACAACAUUCGAAGUUAGAUCUCAGAUUCUAAACCAAAAGUCGCUAGGAAAGAAAUGAAACUUCAGGCUUGUGAACCGCCCAGAGCCCAGUUGGCCUCGCUGCCGACUCGCGGCAUUGUACCAGCAGUAGCAGCCCUGGACUGCACAUCGACCUUGAAAUCAGCUCCGCACAUGACUCCCUUCGCUGUCGAUUCUCGGCAUGGCUCUGAUCUCGCUCCAUGGAUGCUCGAAGCUCGUCAGCCCUUCCUCGCUCUCGAACAUGAACCCGGCGGGGAACUGGGCAAACGACUUCCCGCAGCUCCCCUUCAUCCCAUCCAAGAUGUCUGUUAUCACAACCGAUCCAUCGGCUGCUAUUCCCCAGUACAGCCCCACUCCCUCCUCGCCGGCUCCCCGAGCAGCGAAGACCCGGCCCGACUUGGAGUCGUAGAGGACGAAUCCGAAUUCGCCCUCGAGGUCCUUGAGAACCUUGUGAGCAGGGUAAGGGCCGCGAUCACGAAGGGUCAGAUACGCCUGGAUCACGAACAUUGCCUCGUUGGUGCCCUUGGAGAGGCCGUACUGCUUGUUCAAGCUGCAGAGGUUGAUCAGGCUCCCCGUGAAUACGCAGUAGACGUCGUUCACUCCGCAGAACACCCUGCAGGUGAGCGCCGAGCGAGCUGCGGCGUGGGACGCAGGCGAGCAGGGCAUUGUCGCGGAACUUGAUCGAGAAGGAAUCGGACGGGUUGGAGGAGAGGAAUUCGUCGACGAUCUGGUGCGGGAGCUUCGGUGGCCGCGGGGAGGAAGAUGAGGAGGAAGGAGGGUAGGCUGGGCUGUUGAGCUCCUGAGGUGGAUUCACCACACCUUUCUGGAAGAUGGCCAACAUUUUUUUUUUUGGCUUCGACUGCAAAUUUUUCGAGGAAUCAAAAGGAUGGAAAGAUUGGUUGAAUGAAGGUUGAAGACGAUGAGUAAAAAUGAGAAUGGGAUUGUGCUGAAAUUUGGGGAGAAAGGUACUGACAUUUAUAAUGUCAUGCGAUGACGUGGAAGUCUUAUCCGAAUCUCUGGAUCUUACUACACUUUUAAUCUUGAGGAUAGAUUGGAUAUCAAAUUAAAUUCCCCACCUAUCUUAUCGUAGUAAAAUCUGUUUAU